UCCCUCCCACCGCCGGAUAUCCACCGCCGUGAGGGAACCAGAUGGGAAGAAUGAGGGAGGAGAGGCGGCGGUGGCGAAGCAGCAGCAGAAGGAGCAGCAGGAGGGCCGGGCGAGGACAGAAAGUAACCUCAGAAAGCUAGACGGUUGGGAGGCGUAGCAUAUUUAUCAUCCUCUACCUGGAAUACACGUUAUGAACCCUUUCUGGAGCAUGUCUACAAGUUCUACGCGCAAGAGACCUGAAACAGAAGAAAAAGCUCUGGUUGGCGAGCUGAAGAACAGUCCCCCUCGCACCGCUCCAAAAAAGCAGCUGCCUUCUAUUCCCAAAAAUGUCGUGCCCAUGACCAAGCCUGCUUCUCCUGCCCUUUCAGCCCAGUCUACGAAUGGAACACAUGCCUCUUAUGGACCUUUCUACCUAGAAUACUCCCUUCUGGCAGAAUUUACCUUGGUUGUGAAACAGAAGCUGCCAGGGGUCUACGUGCAACCUUCGUACCAAUCCGCAUUAAUGUGGUUUGGAGUAAUAUUCAUAAGGCACGGGCUGUACCAAGAUGGUGUCUUUAAAUUUACGGUCUACAUCCCUGACAACUAUCCAGAUGGUGAAUGUCCACGCUUGGUUUUUGACCUGCCCAUCUUCCACCCACUAGUAGAUCCCGUCUCAGGUGAACUGGAUGUGAAAAGAGCAUUUGCCAAGUGGAGGCGGAACCAUAAUCACAUCUGGCAAAUCCUGAUGUACGCUCGCAGGGUCUUCUACAAGAUUGACACAAACAGCCCUCUGAAUCCUGAAGCUGCUGUGCUGUAUGAAAAGGAUAUCCAACUUUUCAAGAGUAAAGUGGUAGACAGUGUCAAAUUAUGCAGCAGUCAUUUAUUUGAUCCACCCAAAAUUGAGGAUCCCUAUGCAAUUAGCUUUUCUCCCUGGAAUCCAGCUAUCCAUGAUGAAGCAAGAGAGAAGAUGUUGACUCAGAAGAAGAAGGUAGAGGAUCAACAGAAUAAAAGUAUGCAAGUAUCUGGCCUGUCAUGGGUGAAGCCUGGCUCAGUUCAGCCUUUCAGCAAAGAAGAAAAAACACUGCCCACUUAGCUCCCGCAGGCGAAGACGCACUCAACACGGUCUGCAGGAAAGGGGGACGGAACAGAGCCGAACAGCGAAGUGGUGGUUUUCCUUCUUGACUUUGGAGUUAGUAUAAGAGUAAAUGCUAGCAAUGACUCAAGUAAAAGCUGUUCUGUGGCGUCGCUCGGAUUCUUCUUGAUGUUUUUACAUGUACGAUUUUAAAUUGCAGCCUGCAGGUUGGAAGUAGUUCUUAACGAUGCUGGACUCUUAAUAGCGAAGUCCACUGUGGGUGGGUCAUGCCUCAGGGUUCUAAGGAAGCCUGGGGUUCUUAACUGGGUUGCUUUUAAGUUUUCUUUUUUUAAAAAAACACUGUAAAGAGCAGGCAGGAAAAACUUGUUCCAGAGGUAAUCUGUGUUUAUGUAAACUAAUAUAGCAGAGUAAAAUACUAUAUUUAAAAACUUUUAAAUGCAUUGGUUUCUAUUGUAAAUAUUAUUAGGAUAUGGAAUUUGUAAAUAGUUCGUUCUGAUUCUUUCCAGGCCUUUCAGGGCCAGAAAGGCUGAGAUUGGCAUGUAUGAUGAUGUAUAUCUUAAUUUCCUCUCCUCUCCCCAACAGACGUUGUCACUACAGGCUGCUCCUAAUAUAACUUGCUCCAGUCUUUAGACCUGCACCCCUAUUGUCUGUAAGCAUCAUACAGAAACAGAGUUAUACUGUUUUUUUUCCUUUUGCAACAAAGACGCACAACAGAGAAAUCUCAAAAGAAUGUCGAGAAUACAUCCGUAACUCUUUCUUUGUGAUGUUUGCAUGCAUCUUAAAUCAGUGGCCUUAAGAUGUAUCAGAGUCAUAUUAGAGGCAGCCUCAAAGCAUAAUUCAUUCAGGAAGGUGGAGCCAUUGGGCUUUUUUAACCACUAGAACGAAAAUGAAAACUUCACAGUGAACAGUCCUUGGCUUAAUUGAUCUUCCAAGAGCACCUAGAUAUGUUCUCUCAGAGGCAGCCUAACUAAUGUGUUAAUAGUGACAUCUUUAAAAAAAAGGAAAUAAAAGUCCAAUCAUGGUAAAA